AUGAGCACGAAGAGGAAGCGCUCGGAAGACGCUGCGGAGAACUCGCCAUCAGACGGGACACCUGCCCUGAAGAGGAGGAGAGGUCGAAUCACUGCCAAGGAGAAGGAGCGAAUAUCUCAGGAGUUAUAUAAUGCCGUUAAAAUAUCGGAAAUUGCCAUUGUAUGCUUUUUUCUCAUGUUAGGUUGUUCUAGGGCAGAGCCUGACUACUACAAGCAGGUAAAAUCUCCUAUAGAUUUUACAAGAAUUCAGCAAAAGCUGAAAACCGAGGAAUAUCAGUCGUUCGAAGAAUUUUGUGAGGACUUCGAACUCCUUGUAGACAAUACAAGGAACUAUUACAAGGAGGAGUCUGAAGAAUACAAAGCAGCCAUUGAACUGCUUGAAAUAUAUCGAGAUGCCAAAGAAAAGAUUAGGAAGGGCGAACCACUGGAUGCAUCUUACGAAGAUCCGUCAGGUUCCGACAGUGAUACUCCGUCGGGUUCAACGAGCUCUCGAGCGUCAUCUUCUGCGUCUUCUGAUGAGUUGGAUAAUGAAAUGGUAGAAGACAUUCUGUGCGGGAUUUUAGAGUUAACUGAUUCCACUGGUCGUCUUAUUUCACCACCAUUUCGAGUGUUGCAAAGCAAGGAGGAGUUCCCUGUGUAUUACGAAAAGAUCUGUCAUCCUAUGGACUUGAAGACCAUUGCGGAAAAGACCAGAGCUGGAGCGUACACGCGAAUGUCUCAAGUUGAGAGGGACGUCCGAGUACUGUGUCGCAAUGCCCAGCAGUUUAGUGGUAAGGGAAGCGAAAUUUAUAAGGAUGCUGUAGCCCUCAUGAAUUACUUCAAAGGGAAGUCUGUGCAAGUUCUCGAGAGAGGUGUCCAUCCAAAGCGUCGAGAAAAAAUUCGUCGUAUUGUGGAUGGUCUUCUUGCACAAACUGCCCUACCUAGUACUGCUGAACUUUCUGAGGAUUCUGAGGAGGAUGAAGAUACUGAAGAAAGCGAUGAUCCUUUUUGGAAACUUUACUGGACUAUCCGAAAUGCCCCCAAUGAUAAAGAUCGCGAAGCGAAUCUCUCUGAUCCGUUUCUCGAACUGCCAAGUAGGAGCUAUUAUCCCGACUACUUUGAUGAGAUCUCCCGUCCUGUGUCUCUAUUCAUGAUAAACAGGAAAUUGAAGAGGAAUGGCUACAAAACAUUCGAUGAACUUUUGAAGGAUUUUAUCCAGAUGUUCGAAAAUGCCUGUGAGUACAACAUGGAGACGUCGGAUAUUUUCAUUGCUGCGCAGAAGCUGCAAAAUCUUGCGAUUCGUAAAGCGCGUGAGCUGCAACCAAGCUUAGAUCUAUCGCUAUACAGCAAAAAGUGUAAAUAUCCUUCGAAGUCUAUGAAAUUUCCCAAGAAUUAUAAAGUCGACAUUGAUUCCGAUUCGGACGAAAAAGAUACUUCUGUCUCAUCGGAAAAGAAGAGAUAUCGUUCGACAAAGAAGCUGCGAUCGAUUUCAACAGGGAUGAACGCAGAGCAUGUUUCGUUACCUGGUCGACCUGGCAGAAAAAGCAUGGAUGAGCUCAUGCUCAGGUUCCGUCAAAAACUGAUGAUUUUCUGGGAUCUCAUUUUUAAUCACAAGGUUGGGACGUAUUGGCCGGCUGGCGCUUUCAUGGAGCUACCAUCAUCGCGAGAAUAUCCAGACUAUUACCGAGUUAUUGAGCGUCCUAUUGAUCUGAAAACUAUUAAGGAAAAGAUAGAGAAUAAUAAGGUAAUGUUCUUAGAUUACGAAGCUUUAAUGGAGGAGUUUACUGUUUUAUUUGAUAAUGCACGACGGUAUAAUGAGGCGGAUUCUCAAAUUUCUCGUGAUGCUGGUACGCUGUUGAGUAUGGUCAAUAUUGCGCAUGCAGACGAUAAGGAUGCUCCCUAUGAAAGCCCUCUUGCGCUUAAAAUACAAAAAUUGUUAAAGUCCUAUUUAACACUCUUUGUUUCCCACUAUGUUUUUAAUUACGGUAUUGUCUUCGGAAAGAAUUACGUGCAUUUUUUCUUCGUUAUUAUGACUGUGAUUUAUAGGCUUCCCACAAACGAGCAACAAAUGUGGAAGUUGUUCCACGUUGUGCGCGACGCUACUGAUACAGAUGGCAGGAAGCUAGCUAGUGCUUUUAUUAAAUUGCCAACAAAAGAGGAGUAUCCUGAUUACUAUGAGGUUAUCAGGAAGCCCAUGGAUCUUCAACGAAUCCAGCAACGUCUUCAGGCUCAUGGUUACGGUAGAUGGGUCGACAUCGUUGCAGACAUGUGUCUUAUGCUUGAGAACGCUUGCAAAUACAACGAACCGGAGAGUAAUAUUUACAAAGCUUCCUUGCUGUCUCUUUUCUAUACUGCAGCGCCUAGUUUUGGAGAAGAAACGUGUGACUCAUUUGCUGAGCUGCCAGAGCUUUUAAAAGCCCGGUGUAUUCCACCAGAUGAAUGGCCGUUCUCUUUUGAUCAAAUUAAGCGUAAUAUAGACAAGGGUCGCUAUCGUCGUUUGGAUCGGUUUCAAAAGGACUUCUUCGAUUUGUUCGACCGUGCGCGGGAGUUGAGUAGGAGCGAUUCAAAGCUUUUCGAGGAUGCCACUGAACUACAACUAGCGUUUGUCAAGGAAAGGGAUAUACAGUGCAAGGGAGUGCUUAUCUCAACAGCGUUUGCUACAAAUGAGAAUGAUGGAGAGGUGGAUUUGGAUUCUCUUACCUUUGAUGGAGUCGAAUAUAAUACUCCAUCAUACGCUUAUAUUACACGAACAGAUGACAAUGCACGAGCACCACCGCAUAUAAUUCGCAUAGAACGAAUUUUCAAAACGGACAGUGGCGAUAUGAUGGUCAGGGGAAAAUGGGUGUAUCGGCCAAACGAAACUCUGCAUUUAGCUAAUAGGAAGUUUAUCGAGAACGAAGUUUUUGUAACUCCAUUCAUCGACACAGUGCUUGCUGAACGGCUGUGCGGUAAAUGUGUAGUCAUGUCUUUAAAAACAGCCAUCAACAAUGUUGUCGAAGACAUUAACCCUAAAGAUGUGUAUGUGUGCGAAUGUCGAUACCUCGGCAAACCUCGCUAUUUCGCUAAACUCAAGACUUGGCCGUUUCCUGAGGAGGAGGAAAAGCUGAAGUUAAGUCCAAGGUCACGUCCACUUUCUCCUGUUCGUGUAAUGAGCGAGUUCAUGCAGGCAGAUGGUGUGACGCACAGAGAAGAUGAUGAGAUUCCGUCUCGUUCAGAAGCAGAUGCUGAUGGACGUACUUAUUUCCAUGCAAUGCGAACCCAUAGUGGGAAGCAUCACAGUGUCGGUCAAUUUGUGCUUGUUUUCAAUCCACAGAAACCGACGUGUGACGUGAUGCGCAUUGAUAAACUAUGGAGGGAAAAAGACGGCAGCGAAUGGUUCAGUGGAGGAUGGUUAGCUCGGCCAACAGAAGUCCAACAUGAUUGCGGAAGGACUUUUUUUGUGCGAGAGGUUUUCGCCAUCGAUCAACCUGAUCAGACACGGCGAAUCGAAGACAUCCAAAGCCAUUGCUUUGUCAAAGGUUGUGCUUUCAACAUUACCUCUCAGCGACCGACUGAGAUUCCUGAGUGUGACGUUUUUGUGUGUGAAUCACGUGUUCCCGGUAAUUCCUUCGCAAAAGGAGAAGCCUCAUCACUGUUCACGAGACCACCUGAGAAGGUAUGCUUACUGCAGGGUUUUUCGGUGCAGUCCAAUAAAUUUACUUUAUUGCAACCUAUAAGUAUAAUGUCAAACUGGCUAGCUGCACAACCGAAAUUGACGGCCAAGAGCAAAUCCGGCUAUAUUCUAUUCUCAGCCGAGAUACGAAAGCGAAUUAUGCAUGAAAACCCUGAUUCAGGUUUCGGCGAAGUGUCCAAGAUUGUAGGAAUAGAGUGGAAGAAAUUGUCGGAUGAUCAAAAGAGGCAGUACGAAGUUCGUGCAGAGUACAUAGCUAGCGAACGAGCAAAGCAAGAGGCUGCCCGUGCUGCGAGUGAGAAGUCUCUUCAGCCCGGUCAGAUCCGAAUAUACCAAUGCAGGUGGAUCAAUUGUGAUUCGCAAUUCGAUAGCGAGAAUGGCCUCUACGAGCACAUAGUUCAACACCAUACUAGCCAAAUUAUUAUGGACAGCGAACAACAAUACGUGUGUAUGUGGGUGACGUGUGUUCGGAACAGGAAGGAGGGUAAACCUUUCCCGUCUUUACCACGCCUUCAUCGGCAUAUGAAAGAGAAGCAUCUUUCCUCAUCAGUGAAGAGCGUCUAUCCUAACCAGAUCGGACGGAAUUUUUUUAAAUUUUCGACACAGUCAACUUCAACUGGAGAGACUAUUCAGUCACCAAUGCAACAACAUCAGCAACCUACAAGCGCUCAAAUUCCUCAACAAAUCGCCCAUCAUCAAGCCACGCCUUCAUGUUCGCAGACGCCUAUGGUAGGUGUCAUAACAGAUGCCGCACGUACAGUUGUCAAAGCUCAGACCGCAGAGCCGGUAUUCGUAGCACCGCCGUCCUCGGUACAUGCGCGUCGUCUAUGUUGCAUUUCAUCUUCGUAUAUUGAGUCCUUAUCCUCGAAUCGUCAGCGUAGUGUGUCUAAAUGGGAUACAUCACUUAGCACAAACGCACGUAAUGCACAACCCAAUGCUGCUCGACCACCUCCCACACACUGGAUAAGGGAGUCCCGUGGUCGACCUAUUACCAAGGAAGAGGAUGUAGUGCGUGCAUUGUGGCGACUGCGCGACGAGUUACUCGAGAGCACGUGUAAUCUAUCAGUAGAAAAGGAGUUCGUUGGUGUUUUGUGA